GGGGGGGGCGGCUUCGGAGUAAACAUCCUCAAAGACCGCAGCUCUGUGGCAUAGACUUAUUCCUUGCAAAGGCUGCUUUGGAACUGUAGUUAUGUAAGCAUCGUGAACUUACAUUCCCGAGAGUGGCAGUCUAGCAAACACAUCUGUUUCCCAAGCAUGUGUGCAAAGGAAGAAUGCCUCGAGACAUAAAGACUACAACUUCCGACAGGCAACGAGAACAAGGUCGUGUAUACUGGGAAAUGUAGUACCAGCUUCAGCAAGGCGGAAGCGACGCCGCACACGGCGAGCGGUUCAUUCACAUGUCUCCUUUAGGGUGAACAGAAAGUAGUUAGGAGCGUACAAGCAGGUCAGGGUUAUUUGGUGCUUGCAUUAUUUUAUGCACCCCUGACUUUGCAGGCGAGAAUGUUAGGGGCUUGAACAAACAUAAUCACCUCUCGCCAGUCGCCAUGUGGAUUGAAGGAGGAACCCGGCAAGCGAGUGAUGCUUCAAAAUUCCUUUUUAAUUCUUCUCACGCUGGCUGCAAAGGAGACAGGAGACUCAAACUUUUAUGUAUCUAAAUGCCACGUUUUGAUGCUCACUGGCAGUUUGGUGAUGACUGGAAACCAAGGAAGACAAUAUCAUUCUGGAGAAGCUUAAAAGUAGCCUAUAAAAAGUGACAAAAAUGUUUUGCUUGAGACGUUUUCUGUUUUCACCGAGGAGUUGCCAAUUUCGAAAGGGGAGCAGUAACUUGUUUUUCAGCCAGCUAAAGAAAUGCACAAAUGAAGACGAAGUGUUUGAUCUUGUUGGAAAGAACAAAACCAAACUAUCUGAAAAACAUGUGGAAACCGCUGUUGAUGUACUUUGGCAGUUUCAAAAGGUUAAGCCAAACUUCCUGAGAAAUAUCCGUUAUAUAAGAGAUCACCCCCACUUCCUUAUCCUUCGUAUUUUAGCAGAAAACAAGAUUGAAUCUUUGAAUAAUGAAGCUUUAGUGAACAUGCUCUACCAUUUUCUUAGGUUCAACAUUGAUGCCCACGAUUCCUUGGUAGAAGAGAUGGUCAUGGAAGGCUGGAGAAGACUGGACAGUUUGAACAUGCCUGAGCUAUCUAAAUUUUCGUUGUGUCUAUAUGAGCAACAGAUGAACCAUAGUCCUCUCAUGGGCCAGAUAGCUGAGACUGUGAAUAAGAAUUUGGCUUCCAUACAGAACACAAGGGUUUUAUCAGUUUUGAUGGUCAGCAUAUCUGGUGUUAUCUCGCAGAGUUUUCGAGAUCGGUUGAUCCAGAAGGCAGAGUUUCUUUUGGAGACUAUGGAUCCCAUCCCCGUGAACCAUGCCAGGAGGUUUGUACAGUUUCUCCAGCAUAUAAAAUUCCGUCAUCGUCCUUUGCUACAGAAGUGUAAUAAGGUCUUUCUUCAGAAUGCGAAUCAAUUGGAUGUGGACAACAUUUAUAUCAUCCUUGGACUCUACCAGUUGUUACAGUUUCACAACACCGAAUUUCGAUUGACCGCUAAGCAAAAACUGACGGAAAUGAUGGAUGACUGUACCAGUCCUGCGGGGUUCACUCGUCUGUUUGCUGCUCUUGCUCCUGUGGCCGGACCAAAAGUCAGAGAACAGUUAAUUGAAACUUCUCUGCUGAUGGCAGAUGAAUUUGACCAUCUCCAAGCAUUAUGCAUAAUAGAAACCAUGGAAGAAAUGGCAUGCAGAAGUCCACAGCUGAUUCAGAAGAUUUCAUCUCUCCUUCUCAAAUACUUGGAUCUCUACAAUGCAACAGAGUUAACAAGAUUAACCCAGUCUCUGAUCGCACUCCGUUGCCCCAAUCUUGACCUUUACACCAAGUUACAAAGGAUGCUAAUCAACCACUUGAAAGUUAGCAUCCUACCUGCAAAAAUAGCCAUGCUAAUUCAUACCCUUUCCAUGCUCCCGUCUUCUUUCAUGGAUGAAGUCGUAGUUAGUCGAAGUGAUGCCAUCUUGCCUCAAUGCAGCUUGAGUGGUUUGAGUUCCUUUGCCACGGCAAUUAUAAAAUGGGUUCGAUGGGACAAGUCCACCCAGCAAAGCUCCUCCGGGAUGCUUCUGCAAAAAGUCAAUAACUGCGCCCAACAGAGGAUAGAGGAAGCCAGCGAUCUGAAUCUUCUGUUAGAGGAAAUGAAGCAUACAUCUAGAGAAUGGUUUGAAGAAGUGCUUCUUGAAGAUGCCAUAGCUGCUUUUCAGCGCUUGAAGGACCAAAUUACAUGGAUGAAUGUAGUGGAGUUUUCAUCUUUUCUCACCAGAACCUCCUACCUCUCUACUCCAUUACUCGAUAGAAUCGCUGCUGUUGUUCUUCAGCACUCUGAUAAGAUUUACAAUUCAGGAACUUAUUCUCUUCUCCUUCUCUUUGCAAGUCUGAAUUAUGAUCCUCCCCAAAGCGAGGAAUUUUUCCAAACUUGCAUUGGACAUCUCAGCUGCCACUUGGGCUGUUUUGAGCCCCAUCUCCUAGUGCUUCUGGCGUUUGCUUUGGCUAUUGCUGAGUAUUUUCCAGAGAAUUUGAUAAUGGCUAUAUUUAAUGUGGACUUUCUCACCAAACUGGAUGCCCAGCUUGAAACACUUCCAAAUACCUUAAGCAGACGGGUCCGCUUACGGCUAAUGGAACUGAACCGCGCUGUCUGUCUGGAGUGCCCAGAGUUUCAGGUUCCAUGGUUUCACGAGCGCUACUGCCAGUAUCUGCAGCAAAGAAACGGUAGAAACCUUAGUGCAUUGCACCAGCAGAUCCACAGGAUGCUGGCAGAAAUCUUGGGAGGAAACAAUUUUGCCAAAGCAUCUGUUCUCACACCCUACUAUUAUGGAAUAGAUUUUGAAUGUAUUCUUGAUAGAAAUAAGAAGCCGCUUCCUUAUGUGGAGCAGAGUGUGGUCAUGGCUGAGUUGGAGACAGUGCACUGGGGUCAAGACGGCCACUUUGCAGGAAGGAAAGGGCUGCCACCAGGAGCUCAGAGGAUUGCUGUGGAAUUUCUUGAUUCCAAAGCCUUUUGCAAAAACUCAGAUCACCUCAAAGGAGAAGUUGUUAUGAAGAAGAGACACUUGGAGAUUCUGGGAUACCAGGUUGUCCAGAUCCCACAUUUUGAAUGGAAUUCCAUGGAACUGUCAUCAAAGGAAGCAUGGAUAGAAUAUUUAAAAAAGAAAAUAUUUGAGGAAGUUUGAUGUCAUGUUGACAAGACACAAAAUCAUGAAGCUUUUUUUAUACAGACUGCACCCAAUCGUGAAGCUGUUUUAUAUAGACUUUUAUUAUGAAACAAUAAAUCUUUGCAACCCUGUGA